AUGUCCUGGGCGUGCGACCAGGCAUUAACCGCGAACAUCGUGGAGAGUUAUCAGGUAGCUGGACCACUUUUCGUCAACGCCUUGCAAAGUUUCUUAGCAGCCCAGUGCGCCCUCGUUGGGGACCAUUUGUGGCCCGACGAUGCAACACAAGCCGUACUUAAUGAUCCAAAUUAUGACUUUAUAGUGGUGGGAGCUGGAUCGGCGGGUUCAGUUGUUGCCAACAGACUUAGUGAAAAUCCAGAAUGGAAAGUCUUACUUGUAGAAGCUGGAGGGAAUCCAACCCUAUCUACAGAGAAUCCACACCUUUUCUACAACAAUAUGGGUACUUCUUUAGAUUGGGGUUAUAAGACUGAACCUCAAGAUGGCGCUUGUGGAGGUUACAAAGAUAAAAGAUGUGCUUGGCCAAGGGGGAAAGUUCUAGGGGGCUGCAGUAGUAUCAACGCUAUGUUCUACGUUAGAGCUAACAAAGCAGAUUAUGACCAGUGGGCUGCAGAAGGUAACUACGGUUGGAGUUACGACGAUGUAUUACCAUAUUUCCUAAAAAGUGAAAACUUUCAUGGACACAUUACUGAAGAAAACAAAAUAUAUCAUAGUCAAAACGGCCCUCUUCAUGUUCAACAAGAAAAUAAGCCGCACCCUUUUGAAAACAUGAUUCUUGAGGCUGCCAGUGAACUUGGGUUAAACAACGUAAGCGAUAUUAAUGGUGCCAGCCAAAUGGGAGUCCUUGUAUCACACUAUACUACUAAAGACAAUUAUAGAUUCAGCACUGCUAGAGCAUUUUUAAGCCCAGCUAAAAGUAGGAAAAAUCUUCAUGUAAUGAAACAUGCCUAUGUGACGCAGGUUUUGUUUAAGUCAGGAUCGAACCGGGUUAGUGGCGUCCUAAUCAACAAAGAUGGAAAAAAUAUCAUAGUCAAUGCUAAAAAAGAAGUAAUUUUGUCAGGUGGAUCUAUUAACUCGCCACAGCUUCUAAUGCUAUCGGGCCUGGGUCCAAAAAAACAUUUAGAAGAAAAGGGUAUUGACGUCAAAGCUGAUUUAGCUGUUGGUGAAAACUUACAGGACCAUGUUUUCGCACCUUUAUUUUAUACUAUGCCAGGUGAUAAAGAAAUCACUUCACUACCAAAUAUAGCUGGAACCCUGAUGAAAUACAUUUUGGAAGGCACUGGUCCAGUGAAAGAUCUAAGUCCACACAGAGUAAUUGCAUUUAUAAAUACCACGGAUCCUCUAUCGUCUUUGCCAGAUAUUCAGUUUCACUAUUUAGUUACACCUCCCGGGUUAUCAAAUAUGCUUGACAUUUUUGGGAAACAUGGAUUUAAUGACGACAUUCACAAAAAGUACCUCAAAAUGAACGAAGAUAAAUUUAUUAUGCUUAUUUACGCCGUUCUUUUACAACCUAUGUCUAAAGGAAAAAUUCUUCUUAAGAGUAAAAAUCCUUUUGACAAACCUUUGAUAGACCCAAACUAUUUAAAAAAUCCUGAAGAUGUAGCAAGUAUUAUUAGAGCAUGUAAACAACAUAUUAUGAAGCUAGGCGAUACAAAUUCUUUCCAAAAAACAGGCUUUAAAUUAGAGUGGCUGGAUCUCGAUGCCUGCAAGGAAUUUAAUACAGCUAGCGACGAACACUUAGAAUGUACAAUUAGACAGUUGACUUUUUCACUAUACCAUCCAACAAGUACAGUUAAGAUGGGGCCUAAGGACGAUCCAACAGCGGUAGUAGACCCUGAGCUUAGGGUAUACAAAGUAAAGGGUUUACGCGUGGUUGAUGCCAGUAUUAUGCCAAACAUUUGUGUCAGCAAUAUAAUUUCUAAAAUGUCGUGGGCUUGCGACCAGGCGCUCACCUCUAACAUAGUGAAUAGUUACCAGACGGCCGGACCUCUCUUCGUACAAACCCUGCAAAGUUUCUUAGCUGCACAAUGUGCUCUCGUUGGAGACCAUCUUUGGCCCGAUGAUGCCACGAAAGCUGUUCUUGAUGAUCCUAAUUACGACUUUAUAGUGGUAGGCGCUGGAUCUGCGGGAUCAGUUGUGGCGAACAGACUCAGUGAAAACCCGGAAUGGAAAGUUUUGCUGGUGGAAGCCGGAGGAAACCCAAAUAUAGCUACAGAGAUUCCGCAACUUUUCUUCUCCAACAUGGGUACCUCAGUGGACUGGGAUUAUCACAGUCAACCUCAAGAAGGUGCCUGUAGAGGUUACAAAAAGAAAGGAUGUGCUUGGCCACGGGGAAAACUACUAGGAGGUAGCAGUAGCAUUAACGGUAUGUUCUACGUGAGAGGUAAUAGAGCUGAUUACGAUGAAUGGGCGGCUAGUGGUAACAAUGGUUGGAGUUAUGAAGACGUAUUACCUUACUUCUUAAAAAUUGAAAACUUUAAUGGAGAUGUUACACAUGAAAACGAAAAAUAUCACAACCAAAAUGGACCUCUUAAUGUUGUGCAAGGUAAGCCAAAUCCUUUGGAAAACCUCAUCAUUCAAGCUGCUGUGGAACUUGGUAUUAAAAAUGUAACAGAUAUUAAUGGUGAUAACCAAAUGGGUAUUCUGGUGUCCCACACCAAUAUCAAAAAUAAUUUUAGAGUGAGCACUGCUAGAGCGUACCUAAGCCCCAUUAAAGAGAGAAAAAAUCUUCAUGUUAUGAAGCACACGUAUGCGACACAGAUUUUAUUUAUUCCGGGGUCAAAUACAGUAAGUGGCAUCCUUGUUAAUAAAUAUGGAAAAGAUAUUACAGUUAAUGCUAAGAAAGAGAUCAUUUUAUCAGGGGGUUCAGUCAACUCUCCGCAACUAUUAAUGUUGUCUGGUAUAGGUCCAAAAAAACAUUUGGAAGAUGUUGGUGUCACUGUAAUAGCAGACUUACCCGUUGGUGAGAACUUACAGGAUCAUAUAUUUGCACCCAUAUUUUACUCUAUGCCAUUUGAUAAAGAUACGACAACUCCGGCUAAUAUAUUCGGCGCAUUUGUAAAAUAUAUUUUGGAAGGCUCUGGACCACUUAAAAAUACUAGUCCGAACAGAGUAAUUAGCUUUAUAAAUACUACGGAUGCUAAAUCGUCUUCUCCUGACAUUCAGUUCCACUAUUUAUUUUUGCCUCCUGAUGCUUCCAACAUAACUGAUGUAUACGGCAAGCAUGGAUUAGGAGAAGAGUUUCAUCAAAAGUUUUUAAAAAUGAAUGAGGACAAACUAUUCAUUGCGGCCUAUUCCGUGGUAUUAUAUCCAAAAUCUAAGGGUAAAAUUCUUCUAGCGAGUAAAAACCCUUUUGAAAAACCACUUAUAUACGCAGACUACUUCAAAGAUCCUGAAGAUCUGGCAUGUAUGGUUAGAGCGAUGAAGCAGCAUUCGCUAAAGUUGGGUGACACAAAAACAUUUAAGAGUGCAGGAUUGAAUCUAGAUUGGGUCGAGCUAGAUGCAUGUAAAGAUAUUGAAAAGGCUAGCGAUGAACAUUUAGAAUGCAUAGCAAGAGAGUUAACUUUCUCCUUAUAUCAUCCAACUAGUACCGUGAAAAUGGGUCCUGAAAACGACGUGACGUCAGUCGUAGACCCAGAACUCAAAGUACGCAAAGUGAACGGUCUAAGAGUGAUUGAUGCUAGCAUUAUGCCAAAUAUCGUGAGAGGAAACACGAAUGCAGCAUCUAUGAUGAUUGGUGAAAAAGGAGCCGACAUGAUAAAACAUUCUUGGUUAAACAAAGAACACACAGAACUUUAA